CCAUCAUGCCUUGCGGUGUCCCAGUUCAGUUCCGAUGUAAUUUACAACAAGCUCUUUGGUCUCACUCAGUGACGGGCAGAGUAGCAGAAGACAGGCAAGACAGCAGAAGCCUUGAAAGCUCCUAUGUCGGAUGUCCAAUAACCGCACGGGUUAUAGAGGCGGGGAUGCGCGCACACCGUUAACUCUGAUGUUGGCGCAGAGCAGCACGGAAUUAAACAGGAUCUCCGGCAAGUGGCCCGCAAAACAUGCAGCGGAAAGUACCGGAUUUGAUUGAGAAAUACUGAGGCUCCAGCACAACAGGAGAGUUUCAAAUGCUCUAACACGCAGUGAUCUUCCGCAGAAAAAAGGAUGGUCAGUAAAACACUAUUAUCACCCCCUUGUGGUGUGGAGGAAUGAGGGCCUCUGGAUGAAGGCCAUGGAGCUGAAAGUGUGGGUGGACGGAGUGCAGCGCAUCGUGUGCGGGGUCACGGAGUUCACCACAUGCCAGGAAGUGGUCAUUGCUUUGGCACAAGCCAUUGGACGUACUGGUAGGUACACUUUGAUUGAAAAAUGGCGCGAGACAGAACGUCACCUGGCUCCACAUGAGAACCCUGUAGUGUCCCUCAACAAGUGGGGUCAGUAUGCCAGUGAUGUCCAGCUCAUCCUCCAGCGGACCGGCCCGUCUGUUAGCGAGCGGCCCACCUCUGACGGGCAGGCUCGAGUCCCAGAGCGUGGCUUCUACCGGCAGAGCCUUCCGCCUCUGGCCAAGCUCCGCCCAUCAGGGACAGACCGCUCCCUCAAAAGAAGGGAACCCAAACGCAAGUCUCUGACCUUCACUGGAGGGGCCAGGGGUCUGCGGGACAUAUUUGGGAAAAGCAGAGAUGCUGAAGCUAAACAACCCCAGCGCGGUGUGAGUCUGAAUCUGAGCAGGGUUGGGGGUGUUGGAGUAGCAUCUGUACCUGGGAGUCCAGCCAGUGAGCUGAGCCGGCUGGUGCAGCUGCAGAGAGACAAACUCCAGGCCCUGGAGAGCCGUCUGCAAGGCUGCGAGGCUGAGCUACGAGACUGUGAGAGGGCCACCGGCCAGGCCAAUGAAGGGGAAAGUCUCGAGGAGGAGUUGAUGCUUUUAGAGCAGCAGGUGCGGAGGAACGAUGCAGAGAUGGAGGAGGAGGAAUUCUGGCAGAACGAGCUGCAGAUCGAGCAGGAGAGCGAGCGGAAACUCCGGCAACAGCUCUCCGAGCUGCAGGGAGGGGUGCGCAGCUGCGAGUCCAAGCUUUUAGAGUACUUAGCACGUAUACAGAACAUGGAGGCAGGCCUGGAGCAGGAGCGGCUACAGCAGGAGGCCGAGCUAAACCAGAAGAUAGAUGAGGAGGAGGUGCAAGCGCAGCUGGAGAAAGUGAGGGCAGAGCUGGAAAUGCAGAGCCAACACACGGCGCGGCUGGAGAGCAGCUGCAGGGCGUUGGAACAUUCGCUUGGCCAGUCCAGCAAGAGAUUACAGGAGAAGGAACAGGAGCUGGAGCAGCUGACAAAAGAGCUACGACAGGUCAACCUGCAGCAGUUCAUUCAGCAGACCGGUACCAAGGUCACCGUGCUGCCUGCUCAACCUACAGGAGAAAACAACAACGAAGUGGAGUCUGGCUCUCUGAAACAACUUGGCUCUUCUCGUCUCUUACCCAGUGACCUUCGCACUCUCCAAAGCACUGUGUCCUCUAGCUUCAACCCCGAGGGCAUCUACGUUUGACCCCAAACUGACAGUAUUUGGGCAGCAGGGCAGCCUGAUGUUAUUAGGCCUGUUAGUACUUACGAUUGGAAGGCCCAAGAAUUGACUCCUAAAACUGCUGAAAUGCUCUUGAGCAAAGCCCUGAAGCAACCCCAGCUCCAGGAACACCCUAGGUGUGGAGGAUGUUGACAAAAACACUAAAUGGGAUAUCACAAAAAACAGUUGUGACGAAGAAACUUCCAUCUGUUUAGCAUCUUUCCUGCACUGCCUCCUCUUCAAUCUCACUAGGACAGAGACUCAAACUGAUGUCAAUAUUCAUUUGCAAGCUAACAUUUAUUCUGUCUGUACUCCAAUGGGCAAGUGUCUCUCUUAAAUCACUCCCGGACUGCAAAAGCUCCAUUUCCUCAGAAUCUAAAUAAUUCACAUGCCAGCACAUGUGCUUUUGUUGACUGAGGAGGCUUCAGGCAAACAGUGCAGAUAAACAUUAUUUUUUUGUGAAUCAGAAACCGGGGGGAAUUUCAGGAUGUGUCUCACAUGUAAACAUAAUCCAUGCACGAGCAUGCAAAAACACCGACACCACACCUGUGCUAUAACCAUAGCCAUAUCCGAUUGCCUUACUCUGGUGUUUAAAAACCAGACGUCAAUAAGUCUAAUAUUAAAACAGAACUUAAGGUAGCUACUUAACUAUGCGCCAUAUAAAUUUGAUGAAAUAGCACCAAUUCAGGUGAUACCUAGUCAUGGUAACUGAUGUCAGUAUCACUCACCACUGGCGCAAUCCUUUACUUUCACAUAAGUUUGAAUUUUUGUAUUGAUUUUAACGGGAAAUAAAUUUGGAAAAAAUGAAAAGUAAAUUAUGUAAAAAGGAAUAGAGGAGAAAAUUGAUGGAGUAACAUCAUCAACAACAGAACAUUUUUGGUGAAAUAGUUUGGAUGUAGGUUCAGUUUUGUCAUCUUCAGUGAAGCGCCAUUAAUCUCCUCUUUGUUUCAUUUGAACACUUUCUCCAAAAAGCUCUGAAGUGUGAAUGGAGAGAUAGCAAUGAGGGAGGCCUCUGAGCCUGCAGUGGAAAUCCAGCCUGGAAAAUUUGCCAACACUGACUUCACACCCAAUCUUACCACCAGGUGGCGCCAAAACAUAUAUUAUUCAGACAGGUGAAAGUUAACUGUGUCAAAGUUACUCCUGGUCUGAUGUUAUCAGCCUUCCAUCAUUUUAAUGGGUCAAAAAUGACAUAUCAUUGAAAUAUUACACCAACAUGCUAUAUUGUUUUGUCUGAGUUUCAUUUGAUUUUUAACAUUUUAACGAAAUAAAGAUGUCUUAUAUGAACCAAAGCUAGUAUAAAAAAAUAGUUAGAUGAAUGUACUUUUUUUACAUGUAUGCAAUGCCCAUGAAGUGUCGAUCGACUUGAAUCAAGUAGUAGUCGCAUAUAUUUUUCAUGGUAGCAGGAAAAGACAGAAGACACAGUAAAGACAAUGACAAACCUUGUAAAAAUCUGACACCUUCUUUUCAGGCUAAAACACUUAAAACAAUGCAGCUACAAUUCCACAAGUGUCUGGAUGUCGCUGCAUUUACCCAAUUCAAGUUGAUAAUUUCUCAACACAGAAUAAAAGGAGAUUUCUCGCUGGGUUUCUGGGAUGAAACUGACAGAAAUUGCAUAAGAAUAUGGGAGCUCAAACAAAGGUCAAUAAGAAAUUGAGCUUGUGAAAUGAUGUUCAGAAUCUAUUUCAAAGUCUGCGUUCGUAUUUCAAACCUGUGAAAAUCU